AUGGCUCCUUAUAACAUUGUGGUGUUCGCUGGCGAUUAUUGCGGUCCGGAGGUUACGAAAGAGGCUUUGAAGGUUCUUCGUGUGAUCGAAAAACACCGCAGUGAUAUCCAGUUCAACUUCCAAGACCACCCCCUUGGCGGUGCCUCGAUAGAUGCCCAUGGCGAGCCUCUGACCGACGCCGCCCUCACAGCAGCCAAAAACGCAGAUGCGGUUAUCCUCGGCGCCAUUGGAGGACCUAAAUGGGGAACUGGCGCCGUCCGCCCCGAACAAGGUCUCCUCAAACUCCGUAAAGAGCUCGGCACUUUUGGCAACCUACGACCAUGCUAUUUCGCCGCGCCCUCUCUCGUCGACAUCUCCCCCCUCAAAGCUGACGUCUGCCGGGACGUCAAUUUCAACAUCAUCCGCGAGUUGACCGGCGGUAUCUAUUUCGGUGACCGCAAGGAAGACAACGGUGACGGCUUCGCUUUCGACACAGAACCCUACUCUCGCCCCGAGAUCGAGCGUAUAACCCGUCUCGCCGCACAUUUGGCGCUGCAAAAUGACCCUCCUCUGCCUGUCUGGAGCUUGGACAAGGCUAAUGUCCUCGCCACCAGCAGGCUCUGGCGCAAGGUUGUCACGGAAGUUAUCACCAAUGAGUUCCCGCAGUUGAAGCUUGGUCACCACUUGAUUGACUCGGCGGCUAUGCUCAUGGUGAAGGAUCCUCGCAAACUCAAUGGAAUCAUUGUCACAAGCAACUUAUUCGGUGAUAUCAUCUCCGACGAGGCUAGUGUUAUCCCCGGCUCGUUGGGCUUGCUGCCCAGUGCCAGUUUGACUGGCGUGCCCGAUGGGAAGAACAAAGUCAAUGGUAUCUAUGAGCCUAUCCACGGUUCCGCCCCUGAUAUCGCCGGAAAGGGAAUUGUGAAUCCCGUCGCUGCUAUCCUGUCAAUGGCCAUGUUGCUGCAAUAUUCCCUCUCUCGCCCCGCCGAGGCUCGUCUAGUCGAGCAGGCAGUGCGAAAUGCCACUGAAGCCGGCGUCCGGACAGGUGAUAUUGGUGGAAAGUCGACGACUAGUGAGGUUGGCGAUGCAAUUGUUGUUGAGUUGGAGAAGUUGCUGUCUCAGUAA